CACAAGUAAACUUACGUACUUGUACGGCCAUAUAUUCGAACCUUAACCGUUGAAAAUGAUAAGGGUUAGGCCUUGGUGACAGGGAAUACCGACUCUGUGAACACCCCUUGGGAAUGCCCAUUGUGAAAUUUUAGACGAAAACAUAUUUUUUCUUUCCAAAUUGAGUUGUAAAAUAAGAUGAGAUGUUGUGGUAAAAAGUUAUAUCUGAUCUAAACAACAUUACAUCUCCCAGUAGUCGUUUAUCUGUGACUAGUCAUUUGUGAGUAAUUUAGAGGGAAUCCCAACCAGGACGAAAGGAAAAAAGAAAAUAGUUUCAGGACGGAGAUAACGAAUAUCCAAGACUGAAAAUCUAGUGCCAGAACGAAAAUCUUCUUCCGGUAUGGAGAAAUUUGCUCUAGGACGGAUUUAGGCUGCAGUACGGAGAAACUAGCACAAAUGUGAGUUGAUUAGUGCUCAUGUAAAGACAGAUGUGGAGAAAAAAUAUUCGAACCUGAGAAAAAAUAUCAAGUUAUGCGUCAAUACACCGUAGAUCCGGAGCUAAGCAUUCACUAGACUAAACCUUUUCACGAAUGGAUACUACUUACAUAGAACCCAGAGAAUGCUAUGAUUCCUAAGUAUGAUCCUGAUCCCAGGAACCCGACACUACAAGGUUCAGCUCCAAGAACCGUCCAACUAGGACGGCCGGAACCAUGGUGAUGGCCUGCCAGCCAGCGGGCUGAACAUAAACAUACAAAUCUAAAAAAUAUUUCGAAAAGAAUUAAAAAUUGUAUCGGAAAGAGAAAAGUUUAGACGGAAUAAAAAUGUUGAGGAAUAAACGAGGAUGUGAAAGGUCUAAACCUGGGCACUCAGACAGUGCUGGAGGUCUGGGUGUAUCUACGUCUAGUGAAGAAGAGGAACUGGAUAACGAUCUCAGGCAGGGCAUACAGAACAUCAUGAAGUUACGGGAUGAAUAUGAUCGUCUUGAAGGAGCUUUGAAGAAGAUGGGAGUAGAACAAGACUGUUCAAAUACCGAGGAGGAGGACGGAUAUAAUGCUGAGAGUGAUCUCGAGGAUGAUGAUGAUGAGAAACCUAGACAAACGGAUAUAUACACCCUGACUCCAGCUACCUUACAGCAUAGAAAUUCGUCUCAUCCUUCUCAUUCGUCCCAUCCUUCUCAUUCGUCUCAUCCUUCUCAUUCGUCCCAUCCUUCUCAUUCGUCUCAUCCUACUCAUCCUACUCUACUGGACAGAGUCGACGAGGUAGAUGAGUCGGCACUCAGUGAGGACUGCUUGGACAGUUACCGAGCUCCCCCCUCCUAUCCCGUGCCCCCCUUCAAUACUUCCGUCCCAGGGGGCAAGUUUUCAAUCCCCCUAGGGGGGGCGCACUCCCCCAACCAGGUUACCUUUACACCUGGAGGGGAACCAGUGACCCACUUCAACCUUGAUCAACUCUUGGAAAUAGUUCAAAGUUUUCGUCUGGAUACAAGUGUAGCCCAGGACAGAUAUUUUAAUCAUCCGUGUAGAAAGGAGGAGGAUGCUAUGAGCCUGAUUUGUCCAGGAACAACAAGGAUGGCUCCGACGGUUUCUAGAGACGCUGUAUCCUGUCCCAGUUCGCCGACAGAGACUGAAUCCUCCUCAGGGUUUUCAACUCUACGGAGAAGAAGUGUAAACGUGACGGAAAAAGUGAGACAAAACCGGGAUGGAUCUAAAAUCCAGGUUGUGAGAGAAUCCGCUGUCUCCACCUCUUCAGCUAAGGAACCGAGCCAAUCUGUAACAUUCCAACAAAAUUCCUUUGUUUAUAUAAACGGGUCGGGAGAAGGAGGAAACCUUCCUACUGGAUCUGAAACAUUCCAGAACAAGUCAACAGACAUGUUUCCACAGACAUAUAAUACUUAUUCUUCCAUGGUGCCAAGUUCCAGUAUUUCUGAUACCCCCAGCUCCCAGGGCAUGGGGGCAGCGAGCCUUACUUCUGCUCGGCCCCGCCUGGUUCGGUUAAACUCCCUUGAACCAAACACGGUGAUGUUUAGUACAAAGGAUUAUCCUCUGCUAGUAGAUGUGAGUGUACCAGAGAUUAUUGAUGAACUGGAACAACAGUUCGAUGCUAAACUGUGUGAGGUUCAAGGUGUUAGAUUGGCUGGGAACAAAAUAUUCAUUUGUCUCAGCCAGAAGGACUGUCUCCACUAUAUGGCCCAGUAUGGGUUUUAUGUUAGGGGUGUGCAUGUGACAGUAAUGGACAUUAGUAAUGACUCUGUGGUCAUUUGUUUGAUUGGAGUUCCUCAUUAUAUCACAGACUCUACUAUAACCAUUCUUGUUAGUACCUUCGGUAUAUGUAUAGGAGAGGUAGAAAGAAGGUUUUAUAAAGGAGUGGACACCGGUGAAAGAUAUCUCAGGGUUAAACCUAAAGCUAGUUGCCAAAUUCCGGAUUAUGUAACUGUGGGUGGUUGCAAGAUCUUAGUACGCGUUCUGACUCAAGAUGAGGUUGGACAGCCUUUCAUCCUUGAUUCUGUCACGUCCCGAAGUGAACCAGUGCUUACUGAUAAUAUAUCCCUUGGAUCAGGAAACAUGGUUCCUUCAUACCACCGCAGUAAACCAGGACACUGUAAUGGUAGUUUAAAUUCUCCGGGUUCUACUGAAAUGCCUCCUCCGCCCCCACCGUUAACCCUCUCUUCUUCUUGUGCCAUGUCAACGGGUCUCUUCUCCCCGCAGAUGAAUAAUAAAACUGGAGCAGAGUCCAGCUCAUCUCUCUCAUUGCCUUCGUCGCCAAAGAUCGCUCGAUCCUUCCGAAGCCGGAUAAACGUGACCCUGAAGAGCCCAACUAGUCAGGAAGCAGGAAGCAGUAGUACCUAUGUGCCUGGAGAGAGUGUGGAUGGAUUCCCCGCCCUGUCUCCUCCCUCCUACAGAACCCCUGGACCUACAGAUAAUGGUUCGGCCCACGGAGUAGGUGCUGAAGAUUUACCAAACAGUGGUAAAAUGUCGUCAGGUCCGGACGAUAUCCCUGGAUCCACCGGGACGAUAAAAAGAUCAAACCGGGAGUCCCCCAGUGCUUCCUCACUCAGAAAAUAUGCUAUUCAGAAUAAUAAUAACAGUCUGACGAAUAACCUACAGAAGGGAGAUUCAACCCAAUCCAUCAACUCUAUGGAAAAGAUGGGUUCGGUAUCGGAUACCCUCUCCCGGGAAGGAAACACGGGCGGGAACGGGAAGCGAGCAUCGGUAGUUUUCGAAGAACCCAAAGGAAGUUCCCGCGGUAGUAACUCUUUAGUUCUCUCACAAAAUCGUCAGGUGUCUACUUCUAAAACCGUGAAUGGUAUAUUAAGGAAAGGUAGUUUACGAGAGGAGGAGGAGAAAAGAGAAUCUGUUUCUUCUUCAAGGAAAUCUAGAAAAUCCGUGGAAGCAAGAAACAAGGCGGAUCGACACUCCAGUAAACACAGAUCACACAAAUCUGACUCCGCCCUCGCCUCCGGUGAGGAUACGGCGGAUAGUGAGAAAACUCGAAGCUCUAGGAGCAGGUCAAACAGUACAAAGAGCAACAAAACAGAGAAGAAGGAGAACCUGGCUCUGACAAGAGAUCUGCCCUGGUGCGGGUGCUGGGGGAAUGGUUGCCUAUAAUCUAAACUAUAUUUAG